AUGACAGAGGCAAGGCCGGAUUCGUCAGUGGGCAGUGCAGCUUUGUCUUCGCCUGCAGUGGCACCACCUGAAGCCGCAGCAACAGCUGCUGCAGAAGGAGAGGGAGUCACAGAAGGGGAAGCAGUGCCUCCUGAAUUUGAGUGCUCGAUUUGUAUGAAGAUUCUCAUGCUUCCCGUAACGACUCCUUGCGGCCACAACUUCUGCCGGUCGUGCAUUGAGCAGGCACUGAUCUACCGGCCAAUGUGUCCGCUGUGUCGAGCCCCUCUGCUGUACUGCACGUUACCUGAGGGGGCACCAGGCGGCCACGGAGGAAGAACAACCCUUCGAGUUAACACACUGCUUCAGCAGCUACUUGAGGCUCAGUAUCCACAGAUGAUGGCGAAGAGAUUGGCGGACGCUGCUGCUGAUGCUGUUAGAACAGCUGCUAACGAAUCCACUAGGACUGAAGGAGAAGCUGACCAGCAGCAGCAGCAGAUGCAGAUGCUUCCUCUCUUCUUCGCGAUGGGUGAACAGCUUCAACGUCAAAUGAGGCAGCAGCAAGUGUACAGGGGCCCCGGAGCCCUUCAGACCUGUCCACUCAUGCCGGGGGAGAAGAUGGUGCUGCACAUACACGAGCAGCGGUACAUACACCUCGUGCAGCUUGCACUGCAGGGAUCUCACCACUUUGGCAUAAUCCUGCCUCCUGUGGAGCAAGCGGCGGUGGGAAUCCGUCUGCCUCAAACUCCAGGGCGCAACAGGGGGGCGACAGAGUUUUCAGGAGCAGCAGGAGCAUCGCCGGCAGCUGCAUCCAGGGUUGAAGAACUCGACGCAUCGGAGGAUGUCGGUGUGUUUGGGUGCUGCGUUGAGAUCGAGCAACACUCGCUGGCCCCACCGAAUCUUGAUGAAAGGGCUAUUGGAGCCUGUCUUAUUCGGUGCGUCUGCAAGAACCGGUUUAGGCUUGUUGACAUCAUGCUGCCACAGGAUGAGCAGCAGCAGCAGCAGCCGCUUGAAACGCUACUUGCAGCAGCCGUUGCCUCACCUGAUUUCAGCGUGGGGGCUUGCUACCCCGUUGUAGACGCCCCUCUCAUCCCUCCGCCGCACUCAGCUGGUCAAGCAGCGACACCAGCAGCACCACACGCAGCAACUGCAACAGCCAACGAUAGUGAGGAGGCCCAGCACCAGGAGCUCCACUAUGCUCGAGCAACAGCAGAGGAGUGGUCACGAAAUCCUCUAUCCAGAUCAUCAAAUCUGUCUGAUGAAUUUGCCUCGGUGAAAGCACUGUUAAUGAGGGAUCAUGGCGGGGAGGAUUCUGCAGGGUCUUCAGGGACCCUUUCGUUGGAUAUUAGACUAGCGGCGGCCCGCAGAUUGUGCGAGAUUUGUACAGAGGGGCUAAGCAGGUGA